AUGAGCAGUGAUCAGCAGGAAAGCCACCAUGGUUCUCGGAAUGCUGCCACGAGCUCGACUCAGACUGGACCUGACCGAGAUCGAUCUCAAGACUCGCAGGAGGGACUUGAGAACGAAGUCUCGGCUUCACAGGGUCUGGCUCGUACAAGUCUGUCCCAAUUCUUCCAGCAUGGCCUCCCUUCGUCGAAAUGGGAUGUCUUUGCUACAAUUGACCGGAUGAGAAUAGUCUACAUCGGAACUCAAGUGUCCAACCUCAGCCAUCUCAUCAAUCUCGACCAGACAUCAAAACAUUUUCUGGUCUACCCGCAUCCUGAAGUACAUCCAACGCCACCAUUGCAGGUUCAUCUGCGCAACCCGUUCGACCCUCAGGACAAUCUUCGUGACAUUUAUACGCCGUUCAGCAAGGAGCUGCGUGAUGAUCUUGUCCAAUCAUUCUUUGCAAAAGUUCAUCCUGCUUUUCCAGUCACCGAAGAAUCAUUCUUCCGUUCUCGGUACAACGACGCCGAGACCACGACACCACUACUGUUGCUCUAUGCAAUCUUGCUCGUCGGGGCGCAUGUCUCACAGCAUCCCAAGGUCAAGAAAUCGAGAGCCAUGUUCAAAUCGAUGCUCUUCAAACGGGGGAAAUGGCUGUUUGACUUACGGCAUGAGAAUGACCGCCAGCACCUUGUUGCCGCAGCAUUACUAUUCACAUGGCAUCUGGAAAAUGCAGAUACCGUCAGCAUGAAUGGUUAUUACUGGUCAGGCGCGGCAUGUCGCAUAGCCUACGGCAUUGGCAUGCAUCGUAAUAUCCUCUCCGACCCCAAUACGCCGGACCGGAUGCCUUGGAGAGACAGGAGGCUAUACCGCCGUACAUGGUGGACGCUGUUCCAGGUCGAAGUCAUGUCAGCGCUCGAGCACGGUCGGCCUUCUAUGAUCCGCCAGGAAGACUUUGACCAAGCACCGCUUGAGUUGCGGGAUUUCGAAGAAGCUCAAGGCAUCGCAAACUCCGGUUCGAACUUCCUAUACUGUGCAAGGAACAUAGAGUUGUGCUACAUCGUACUCGACAUCUUAAGAUUGACCUCGCCUGGGCUGGCACGACGGGAAUCCCUACUAGACUUGGAAUCGUUUCAAUCGAGACUCGCAAACUGGGCUAUCGGUAUGCCCAUGAGCACCGACUUCUGGUCCCUACAAUUGCAGCUACAUUAUCAUUGUAUUGUACUACAUUUGUUUCGUCUGCACAGUGGAACGGCAGAUUUCGCUUUCAGUUCGGCCAAUUCCAGGGAACUAUCCAGUGGUGCCACCCGGGCGAUCAUCGCAAUCUUCGAGACGAUGUUGGCUACGAACGUGAUCAACCAGUGCUGCUCCACCAGCAUCAUGGCCCUGACGGCGUCGGCAAUACACUUGUCAAAGGAGAUUCAGCGGUCAAUCACGAGCGGAGCGAUUUUAGUGGCUCUGAAUCACGUCCAAGACCUCGAGCGCAUAUUUCCUAUUGCGACAGCACUGUCUGAGUACUGGCCGAACGCAGAUGGGGUGCUGAAAUUGUUCUCGAACCUCACUGACAAGUUCAAAUCGCUGGUUGUGAAUCAGCAGCAGCCUCCCGCACAGCAGGAAGACUUCGACAUCAACACUCUGAAUGAUAUCAACUGGGAAGACAUCUUCGCCUAUCCAUAUCCACAGCAGUCAUUUGGGCCUGAUGAUUGGACGAAUGAUUGGCCUGGCAUUGAAGAAUGAGAGUCGUAUUCAAUGAGGCAGAUACUACAUGGUGA